AAGCCUGAAGCCAGGAAGUGCCAAAAAAAAAGUUGUAGUAUAAAAAUAAUAUAAUAGAUAUUAUUUAGUAAAUAAAUUGUAUAAGUUGUUAAAAGAAAAAUUAUUUAGUUUACUGAUUCAGAAUGCGUAACAAACGCUAUAUGAACUAAGGUUAUUUGCAAUGGAACGCUUUCCUUUAAAGACUUCAAAAAUGGCAACUACAUACCAGUCUGUUUAUAAAAAGGGCACUGGUUCAAGUAAUGGUUACAGCGGUCAGGGCGGCGACGAUGACAUGGUGAGCAUCAAGGCGGGGCCGCAUCGCGCGGCUGACUCAUCUUCCGCCUCCACACCCACCAGCCACGGCACAUUCCAGCUUUACGAGCACGGCACCAGAUACAGCGACGCCAGCGCUCAUUGGGACGCCGUUAUGUUUUCCGGAAUGCAAGGUGAAGGUGAUGACAUUCCCGGUAUUGGGCAGUAUGAUGACUUUCACACAAUUGAUUGGCAGCGUGAUAUAGCCCGUGAUCGUAUGAGGCAUAGAUAUAUAGUGAAAAAGAGGCAAGACUCCAUAUGGGAUCUCAUAAAGGGUGCUCAUGAUGCUUGGUCAGGGUGGGUCUGUGUACUGUUGGUGGGUGUUUGCACAGGAGUGGUGGCAGGUGUUAUCGACAUAGGAGCUUCAUGGAUGACAGAUCUAAAAUUUGGCAUUUGUCCGCAAGCCUUCUGGUUCAAUCGAGAGCAAUGUUGCUGGUCCAAUGAUGAAGUCACUGUUGAUCAUGACAAUUGUUCGCAGUGGUUAACCUGGCCACAAGUGUUUGGCGAAUCUAGAGAUGGUGCAGGGGCCUAUAUUGUUAGUUACCUAUUUUACAUAGUGUGGGCGCUGAUAUUUGCAGCUUUGUCGGCGUCUCUUGUGCGUAUGUUUGCCCCAUAUGCCUGUGGAUCUGGUAUACCCGAAAUCAAGACAAUAUUGAGUGGGUUCAUCAUCAGGGGGUAUUUAGGAAAAUGGACUUUGAUAAUCAAAGUUGUAGGUCUAAUAUUGUCCGUAUCAUCAGGACUUUCUCUUGGCAAGGAAGGACCAAUGGUGCAUAUUGCUAGUUGUUUAGGAAAUAUUCUUUCAUAUCUUUUUCCAAAAUACGGUCGAAACGAAGCGAAGAAACGAGAAAUACUAUCAGCGGCGGCCGCAGCUGGUGUAUCAGUAGCUUUCGGAGCGCCCAUAGGUGGUGUUCUGUUCAGUCUCGAAGAAGUAUCAUAUUACUUUCCACUGAAGACACUGUGGCGGUCAUUUUUUUGCGCGCUCAUUGCCGCUUUUAUACUGCGAUCUAUAAAUCCGUUUGGAAACGAGCAUCUUGUGCUGUUCUAUGUAGAGUAUAACAAGCCUUGGAAGUUUUUUGAGCUGAUACCUUUCAUCGCUCUCGGAAUUAUUGGUGGAUGUAUUGCAACUAUAUUCAUAAAAGCAAACAUUUACUGGUGCCGAUAUCGCAAGUACUCCAAGCUCGGCCAGUACCCUGUCACUGAAGUGUUGGUCGUGACAUUGAUAACAGCUAUCAUAGCUUACCCCAAUCCAUAUACAAGAAUGAAUACGAGCCAACUCAUAUACUUGCUGUUCAAUCAGUGUGGAAUAUCCAAUAAUGAUCCACUGUGUGAUUACCCCCGGAACUAUACCGACGUGAAUUCUAUUGAAAAGGCGGCGGCGGGUGAUGGUGUGUACACCGCAAUGUGGCUGCUAACACUGGCACUGAUCCUCAAGCUGGUCAUGACCGUGUUCACCUUCGGCAUCAAGGUGCCUUGUGGUCUGUUCAUACCUAGCUUAGCGCUUGGUGCCAUCCCCGGACGCAUUGUUGGCAUUGGUGUUGAGCAGCUUGCAUACAGAUACCCGAAGAGCUGGCUGUUCUCUGGUGAAUGUUCAGCGGGUGAUGAUUGUAUAACUCCUGGGCUAUAUGCGAUGGUUGGAGCGGCUGCCGUAUUAGGCGGAGUUACUAGGAUGACUGUGUCCCUGGUUGUGAUAAUGUUUGAGUUGACGGGGGGUGUGCGGUACAUAGUGCCGCUGAUGGCGGCCGCUAUGGCCUCCAAGUGGGUGGGAGACGCGCUCGGCAGACAAGGCAUCUACGACGCACACAUCGCUCUUAACGGAUACCCGUUCCUCGACAGCAAGGACGAGUUCCAACACACGUCGCUAGCCGCUGACGUCAUGCAACCCAAACGUAAUGAGACUUUGUCCGUGAUAACACAAGACUCCAUGACUGUGGAUGAUGUUGAAACACUCCUCAAGGAGACGGAACACAACGGAUAUCCUGUAGUCGUGUCCAAGGAAUCCCAGUAUCUGGUCGGCUUCGUACUGAGGAGGGAUCUCAAUCUUGCUAUAGCAAACGCGCGCCGCACAAUGGAUGGCAUCUGUGGCCAGUCAAUAGUGAUAUUCGCGGGGCCCACACAGUCGUUGCCCCCGGGGCCCCCGCCGCUGCCACUGACCAGGAUACUGGACCUGGCCCCCAUUACGGUCACCGAUCAGACACCCAUGGAGACUGUGGUUGACAUGUUCAGGAAACUGGGCCUCAGGCAGACGCUCGUAACUCAUAAUGGGCGACUUCUGGGCGUAAUCACCAAGAAAGAUGUGCUUCGUCAUGUGAAACAAAUGGACAAUGAAGAUCCAAGCUCUGUGUUGUUUAACUAACGUCCACUUGUUCUAGUAUUAUUCAUAUUGUUUGUUUUACUUCGCCUGUUGUUUAUCGGGGAAAUCUAUUAAUUAGUUAUUUAUUGUCGAGUUGCAUUGCAAUCAAUCAAUGUAUCUUUUAUUGAUAAUGUUUAAUAUUGGACGUUAAACAACUUGCAUUAUUACAGACAACUUUGUCUUGGAGGAUUAAUAAUAUUGAUACUAUUUUUGUAUUUUUUUAAUAUUGUCUGAAACGUCAGCCCUUUAUAUAAAAAGGGGUGAUUUUGUGAAAUCGUACAUGAAAUCAGUAAUAAUAACAUAACAGUCCUCACAAAUACACCAUACCAAUGUGUCUCCAAUCAAAACAUAUUUCUUGUAUUAAUUAUGGAUAUAUAUGUAACAAUAUACGGGAUAUUUUCUUGUUAUAAAUAAUGUCUAGAAAACAAUUGUAUUCAUUGUAUUGUCACCUAAAGCACCAAGUUGGCCAAUUAUAGUCUUGUCAAUAUAUUUAUUCGCAAAAUGUGUUAGCUGUGCAUAUACUUUUGUAUAUAUUGAUGUAUAGGUAUAAGAAUAAUAAUAAUAUGUAAAUGUUGUAAAGAAGCGACGUAAAUUGCGAUGGCAUGAUUCUGUUAUCAAGAUGGGUUUUGUUGGCACCACAAUCAAUUUAUGUAUUUAUAUUAGAUCAUUUAUUCUUCUAGAUAGACUGUGACAGCUAUGAAAACGUCAAAAAAGAAAUUGAGAUUGACUGUUAACCUCUAUUUUGAGCAAAGCACGCAAUUUUACACAAAGUGACAUACAAAUCGCGAGUGUAAGACGUAGCUUGUCACGCACACUAAAGUAAUAAACGUGGCCUGUUAUGAUCGGUUGUCUAGCAGCAAGAGGCUCUAUCGAGACAUAUAAACUAUCUAAGGUAUUUAUGUUGUCUUGCACCCACAGUACAGGCUAUGCUUAGUGUAAUGUCCCACAUUUGGUCACGAGUGAAACAACUAUUUUUCACUAUGUAGCACCCGGGGAUGUUCGCUCGCAACCUAUAGCCGAUAAGAACUCCCGCUGUACUGUACAUUCCUUAUAUAACACUGAAAGUUACUCGGUUCUGAUGACAGUGACAUUGGCUGUCAACACAUACUCAGUUCAGACUAGAUGUCAAUACACUACACUUAGUUUUUGGUCAUGUCAAUUUGUCUAGAAGUACGUCAGUUCUUAAGCCCUUUCCACACACAUCAGUGACGGCACAUGACCAUGACAGCAGUUUAUUUCCGUGACGUAUUUACAUACAUCAGUAUCAACGCUUAUGUGCAGUGAUAUUAAAUAGGAUUGAAGACUUUCAUGUAUGAACAGAUAUUAUUCUGUAAUGAUUGCUUAAAUGUUAAGAAAAAAUGGGUUAUAAAAAGGCGAUAGUAGUAAAAUAUAGAAUUGGUGAAUAAAUAAAUAAUGCUAUUUUCGUUAAAAUAACUAUAUAUAUACUCUUUAUCAAUUCGAUCAAUUUUCUAUCAAUGUCUCGAAAUAUAUGCUUAACUUUCAUUGAUGAUAAUUUAACACCAUAAGUUACCCCAACCAGAUUAAAUAGCUUUUAGCCCCAAACUCCUGCCAAACGACACUAGCCCUAAAAUAUAUAUAUAUUUUUCGUUUACAAGUGCCUGAAUACAUUAAUUAUAUAACAAGUUGAUGUCCAAUACUAUAGGGAACAUUAUUUCUAAUGUAUAUGUCGCAGUAAAAAUAUGUUAUACAAGGAAGAACUUUAUUUAUAAUAAUCAGAAUUCCUUACAAUGAAUUAUUUAAUGGAUUUACUUGAUAAAGGCGUUUUAUUGUUUUCUAUGUGGGAAUAACAUGGAAUGUAUUUUAUAUUGUUUGAUCUGAUUGUUUUAAUUAUAACAUCACACAAUGAUUAAUUUAUGUAUGACAUAAGAGUUAAUUAUGUGUCGUUUUUUGGUAGAAUUUAAUAAUUAAUUACACAAAACGGCAAACUCAUAAUUACAAUCAAAACAAGAUAUUAUAAUUUUUAUUUUAAAUUUUUAUUCUGACCUUACAAUUGAAGAUUAUAAGACGAAAGCAGUGCUAAGUAUUAUAUAAUAGGUUUCAAAUAAAUAUAUUUAAAAUAUCAUAAACACCAAAAGACGACACUGUACAGUUAUUACUGAUUAGUAUAUGCCCGAAAGUGAAUUUAAUGUUAUUGUAAGAAUAAUGUGUUAUUUUUUAUUUAUAUAGUUGCAAUGAUAGUUAUUCCCCGCUACGUUUUAGAUCUAUUUCAUACUUUAGUGUGUAGCUUUUAAAAAUA